AUAAGAAAGGGGACGUGGUUUCCAUUCUCUUGAGUUUUAUGAGGCAGGAGGAAAAAUUGAGAUUCCUUUUCAUCCACAGAAACUCAGCCUUCGACUGCUCCUGCUUCCCUGCUCCUUAACUUCCAGAGCUCCGUCAUGGCAAAAGAAAGGAAAGGACCCAAAGGCGCCAUGAAACUCAAAGAUGGGAAAAAUCCAGCUGGCAGUAAGAAUGGGAAGAAGGCCGACUCUGGAUCCAGCGGCAGCUUCUUCACCUGGUUCAUCGUCCUGGCCCUGCUCGGUGUCUGGACUUCUGUAGCCGUGGUCUACUUUGACCUGGUUGACUAUCAGGGAGUCCUUGACAAGGCUAAAGGCUUACAAAUUAACCUGUCAGAGGCCUUGCAAGGUAAACUGGUGGCAUACGAUACAGAUGGCGAUGGUGAUUUUGAUGUCGAAGACGCUAAAGUUCUUUUAGGACUGAAAGAGAAAGCUGUUGUCAUCACUUCCCGAAGCGAACACGCUGCUGCCCCAGUGGAGACUCCUGAAGUCGAAGCGACACCAGAGGCUGUCGUUGAGCCCGACCCUGUUCUCGUGGAGGAGAUAAUUGAAGCUGCUGUAGCAGAGGACACUUCUGCUCCACCAUCAGAGCCUGAACCAGAACCUGAAGCAGAACCUGAGGAGGAGCCUGAACCAGAACCUGAACCAGAGCCUGUGGAGAUUCCUGAGGUGAUUGAGGAGGAUCCAGAGGUGCUGGAGGAGGAGGAGGCUCCUGUUGUAGAGGAGGAGGCCCCUGCAGAAGAGGCCCCUGCAGAAGAGGCCCCUGCAGAAGAGGCCCCUGCAGAAGAGGCCCCUGCAGAAGAGGCCCCUGCAGAAGAGGCCCCUGCAGAGGAGGCCCCAGUCGAGGAGGCCACAGAGGAGGCUGCUCCAGCUGAGGAGGAGUCAGUAGCUGAAGAGGUUGAAGAGGAGAUGAUGGCAGAAGAGCCUGCAGCUGAGGAGCCAGUAGAGGAAAUGGCUACAGAGCAGGCUGUUGAGGAGGCUGUGGACGAACCUGAAGCAGAGGCUGUAGAGGAGGAAACCAUGGAGGCCGAGGCUGUAGAGGUGGAGGCUGUAGAGGUGGAGGCAGUAGAAGAGGAGGCCGAGGCAGUAGAAGAGGAGGCCGAGGCAGUAGAAGAGGAGGCCGAGGCAGUAGAAGAGGAGGCCGAGGCAGAGGAGGCUGCUGAGGAAGUAGAAGAGGAGGCCGAGGCAGAGGAGGCUGCUGAGGAGCAAUUUGAAGAAGAGGUAGCUCCUUCAGAAGAAACUGUUGAGGAGGUAUUGGAAGAAGAAGAGGCUGCUGAGGAAGCUGUUGAAGAGGUAGCAGUAGAAGAGGUAGCAGUAGAAGAGGAGGCAGCACUGUCAGAGGAGCCUGUGGUGGAGGAAGAAGCACCUUCAGAGGAACCAGAGGAGGAAGAAGCACCUUCAGAGGAGGAAGUAGCACAUUCAGAGGAGCCUGUGGAGGAGGCCUCUCCUUCAGAAGAAGCUGUUGAGGAGCCUGUGGAAGAGGAGGAAGCUCCAGAAGAAGCAGUGGAGGAGGUUGCAGAGGAGGCAGCAGCCCCAGAGGAUACUCCAGAAGAAGUGGAGGAGCAAACAGUCCCAGAGACAGAAGAAGUAGCCCAAGAGGUAGAGGAGACAAAAGAAGAAGCAGCUGAGUUUUUCGAGACAGAGGAACAGAUUCUGGAUGAGCCCACAGAAACGUAGAGGCUGCAGCGGUCGUCGUGGUGACGGAGCAGGGACCCACUGACGUUGCAUCAGCACCAUCUGAGUGCGCUCAGAACAAUGGUGCAUUUUUCCACCUCCGGGGAACGAAUGAGUCGUUUUGACAACACCCCACCCCUCAACCCUCCCACCCAUCUUUUCCCCCUCGGUUUUCACAAAAUUCCCUUUUAGUGUGACAUGAUGGCUGAAACUGUUCACUAAUCUGGUAGUCCUGUUUUGACCAUUCUUGUUUUUUUUCCUUCUUAGUUUUUUUUCACUAUCUUUUUUUCAGUUGAGCACCCAUUUCCAGUUUUGUGCAGGGUGGUUUAGUGUGCGUGCGUGUGUGUGAGUGGCCAAAUGUCUAGGCAAUGUGACAUCUUUGUGCUCUCCUUGCAGCAGGUCUACCAGAGUCUUGAGCUGUGACAGCAUAGUAUCUUGAACUGUACUUUAAAAUUUCUCUGUGAGAUUGGCGUUUUGUAUUUUAAUACAAUUUCCAAGCAAAAUGAGGCCAUAACUGAAGACCAAUCUUUUUCACUUAAUCAGGAAGUUUGCUUAGCUCCCCCUCUGUAGCUGUGGAAAUUCAGAAUGAAGCAGCUCAGCUCCACUCAGCAGUUUUCUUUGGCCUCUGUUGUAGAUUCUAUGCAAAGCUGUCGUACAGUCUGUCACCUGCCUUCCCUCUUCAGCCUCCUCACCCCUCCUCACCCAUCAAGUUUAUUUACCACUCAGUAUGUGUCGAUUCCAGGAUGAGCCAUAUGCUAGCAUGUGAACUUGGAGAGAGUGUGUACGUGAAUGUCUGUGUAUGUUUUACUCAUGAGUGUGUUGACAAAUCUCUUGCUAAUCUAUCUUUUCUGUGAGAAUCAAGUGUCAUGAUGUCGUUUUGAAGAUUUUUUUUUCUCCUUCAGUUUGUCUCCUAAUAACAUGUACCAGUGUGUAUGUGUGGUCUGUAUAAUCUUUUUUUUCAUAUUUCAGACAUGAAUACUAAGAGCAUCUAACCAGGCUAUCAAACAGGUUUCAACUGAAGUUGCAACAUGUUACUUCAGCUCUUUGAGUUUGAACUGUGAUGUAACGUAGGCCACUGUUGGUGGUGCGAAACCGUCACGUGGUGGUGUCAAGAUUCUUUCUCAGAACACACCAGCAACAUGGAUAGUUGGGCUGAAGCGCUUAACCCUGUGUGAGACAGAAUCCAUUUCUGUAAUCGUAGCUUCAGUGUAAAAAGUUCUUUCUGGCUCAUAAAGGGUUAAAUGGAUCAGGAGCCAUGUUCCUGUGGACGAGCAGUCAUUACUAACCAACUGAUGCCAGUAAAUUGAACCAACAUCCUUAUUUUUUCUCCUCAAUGUAACUUGACUGGUUUGUUGGUUUGAGGGAAACUUAUUUACUGUUUCCUUUUCCUCUGAAACAUCAGUUUGUCUGUACGAGCUUUUUAGAACAUUGAUGCAGGCCGAAAAGAUCAGAGCCCAAAACAUCAUUUUAUGAAUUAUUCCAUAAAAUCACAGAACAAAAUAGCCAAAUGAGAUCUUUCUCUGUCUAUAUUUUGGAGUGAAGGCGAUAUGAUGUUUUGGCUAUCGUUCUUUUAGCCCCUGUUCUAAGUGUGCAUCACCUUGCUCUGGAUAGGAUGAAUUACUGUGACUGAGGUGGUGUUGGGACAGUGGCUGCAGCACCUUGUGCAGCACAUUUUCCUUUGGAUACUGACAGUGAACUCUUUGUAGAGCUGACAUUGUAGGAAUUAUUGCAACAUAAAAUUACAGUGGGAGGAGAGCAACUUUAGAAAAACAUUCCUCACUUUUUGUCCCAUGGUGUGUGUGUAGUCCUCACAUACUGUAACUAGCAGGCUGUUUUUAGGGAUGUAGCGCACCCUAGUGGUGAGCAGUAGCUGUUUCUGUAGGAUGAUUUGUCCCGUUUGUCUGUAACACUAGCUGGUCUUUUCUACUUCCUACCACUUUGUAAGUCAAUGUGAAUUGUCAAAUCUUUUUAACAUUGAAGAUUGCAAUCUUUACCAAGAGAGCUUCUAGAUUUUUAAAAGGAACAUUUUUAAAAAGAACUUGGAGAAAUAAAGAACUUAAUUUUCCGAAAAUGCUUUAAAAGCUUUUUUUUACAAAGCCAUAAGCUGUUUGUCAGGCAGGUCUAAGGGGCAGUACUACUUCAACUCAAAAAUGUUAUUCUUGUUCACAAGGAAAAGCAAUAAAAGUCAAACAGCAGAGAGGCCACACUGCAGCUCCCCGGUGAAAGUGUGUCAUUCCUAAUCUUUGGUCAUGUACAUGCUGCAAUGGGCUGCAAUGCUUUGUUUCCAGCAUACAGUGUCUGGGUUUAGUGAGCUCAGGGGUGUUGUGGGGAAAUAUUACUGUCUGGUUUAUAAAAACGGCUCCAUCUCUCUCAAAGUUUUGUCCAUAGAUCGUGACCUUCAGUGUGUGGAUCUGAUACUGUCCUGUAGACGAUGACCAUGGUGAUUAAAUUAUUGUGAUGUACUGACAAUGAUGGGCUGUUCAUGGAGUUUUGAAGUAUUACGGUUUUCUGUAAAUGAUCUGUUAUGCGAGCUGAAAUAAAAGGUUUGGGACAACACAA